AUGGAUAAAUUUUUGAAGAUUAAUCCUAGUGUUUCGACGAACCCAAAUAAUGAAUUGGCGAUCGUUGCUGUGGAGGAAGAGGAACCGGCUGUUAGGAUUUCUGAAGAAGAGGAAAAUAUUGACAUUAACGUCGAUGAUAACAAUGUAAGUGGCCCUGAUAAUCCAUCUAAUUCAUCACCUGCACAAGCACAGUCUGCUAGUCUUGAUGAGGAGCCGGUUUAUACUCCUGAUAUUUAUGAUCCGAGAAAUUGGGAUAAUCUUGAUAAUAAAGCAAGAGAUAUAUUAGUUGAGAAAGGGCCUGUAAGAGAACAAGGUAUUGAAUUCUCUCUAGAUAAUGCAUCAAGACAUUUUUCAUAUGCUCAUUAUUACAGAAAAUUAAGCAAUGGAGAGGUACAUGAUAGAAAAUGGCUAGUUUAUUCAAAGCAUGUUGACAAAGUUUUUUGCUUAUGUUGUAAGAUCUUUAAGUAUCUCGGUAACAAGAGUCCAAGUUUCUUAGCACAAGCUGGAUAUAGAAAUUGGAGGCAUAUCAGUGAGAAGCUUAGAGAACAUGAAAAUAGUGUUGAGCAUAUUAGCAAUAUGAACAAGUGGAAUGAACUAUGGACUAGAUUGCAGAAAGAGGAAACUAUUGAUAAAGACUUGCAGAAGCAAAUUAAUAAGGAGAAAGAACGUUUGAGGCAAGUUUUGCUAAGAAUAAUAGCAAUUGUAAAAUUUCUUGGUAAACGCAAGUUGGCUUUUAGAGGAAGCAUUGAGCAACUUUACAGUGGUAGUAAUGACAAUUUUUUAGCCUGUGUUGAGAUGAUUGCUGAAUUUGAUUUGGUAAUGCAAGACCAUCUUAAGCGUAUUCAGAAUACAGAAAUGCAUUACCAUUAUCUCAGUCCUAAGAUUCAGAAUAAGUUGAUAGUUCUUUUGUCUUCUAAUAUUACAAGGUCUAUCAUAAAGGUUGUUAAAGAGGCCAAGUAUUUCUCUGUUAUCUUGGAUUGUACUCCUGAUGUCAGUCAUCAAGAACAAAUGAUUUGUUAG